GAAUAGCUAAAAAGGCUCUUACUAUGCUAGAAAAAUUAAGACUAAAUAUGAACAUAGCUAGCUACGUAAACAUAUUUUAUUUGCUGAAAAAUUAUAGAAGAAUUCAAACCCUCAAAAUAUCAAUAAUUCUUGCAUUGUAUAUGUAAAGGUUGAAGUGUCAAGACGGAGCGUUUCUAUUUGCUGGGCUUCGAAAAUUAUGCAAAAUUGUAUGUCCUACAGUUGGCUAUGACGUUCAAUAUUUAAAAGGAGAAGUUCGGUCAUCAUGUGUUUACAUUAACCCACUGAACACUGAUAUUGAUGUCACGCCAGUUACCAUCAAUGAUUUGUCAACAGAACCCUGUAAUAUUGCAGAAUGCAAGUGCUCACAUUGUGGCGUAAUUGUGCCUUUAACGUAAUUUAAAAACCAUAAAGAACAAUGUAUGUCAGAGGAUGUGGCUGGGAUAUCAAGUACUAGCAAUGCUGAUUCUGAUAUUGCAGGUCAUGGAAAUGAUCAUGUCCAUCGUGACCAAGCAAUUCUUCUUAAAUUGAUGAGCAUAUUCCCAGAUGAAAAAUUUUCUGUUCUCCAGGAGGAAGCCAAAAAUAAAACAAUAGAGGAAGCAGUCGACUCUGUGCUACGUGUAGUAUCACCAGACAUUGAAUGUACAAAGACAGUUAGUAUGAAGCAACGUUCUUCAGAUUGUGCUACCAGUUCUAAGUCACCAGGAAAUGAAACAAAGUGUUUUGAAACAAUAAACAACCUUAUCAAAGCUUUUAAAUGUCAAGUCAAUCCAGAAGUAGAACUUCUUUAUGUCGACAGAGAAGAGUUGUGGCGAACUGCAUUAUCUUUUUAUAAGAAAGCGAUAAAACGACCAAGUGUUUAAAAAAAACAGUUUGACGUAU